AUGCAACUUGUGAUAAAGAUUUUAUGUCUUUUAUUUUUCCUAAUUGAUUUAACAUUGUCAGACUAUCCUUUUGGUCAAACACCUACCAAUGAAACAUUAGAAGUUGCUUUAAGAACUCAACGAGAUGUUUCAAAACCCAUUCCUAUAGAUCAAUUGUCAGUUACUGGCUUAUCACUAAGCUCGAUUUUUCAAGAAAAAGGAUAUACUACUGACAGUUUAUCAGACUUAGUCACUGCUUUAAACAAAGGUUCUCAAGUUAUUAUGAUUGAUUUAUAUUGGAAUGAAUUUACUUCAAUCUGGCAACUUUGUCCUGCUCCAUUUCCUCAAAAUGCUUCAUCAUCUUCCGAUACCACGCCAUCCUUAUCAUGGAAUAAUCAAACUUAUAAAUGUGAUUUAAAUCUUGCAACUGAUAAUGUAAUGUCGAUGAUUAGUUCGUAUAUUAUGUCAACGAAUACCGAUUAUCAAGCUAAUUUUAUACAUGUUUUACUCAAUUUAAAAUCCAUUCAUUAUGAAAAAUCAAAUCAAACAAUUCUGUUAGAAGAUGCAUAUAAGCCAAAUGCACAAUCAACUUCCGUUGGUAAUUCGACAUUAACUGAAACAUUUUCGAAACUUUCUCAAUAUAUUUUUGAUCCACUGGUUUUGAACGAUUAUAGAUCCCAAGUAAAUUCUGAAAAUUUGAAUGAAGUAUCAUUUUAUAAUAGAUCAAGUAUAGUUAUGCCGACAUUGAGAACAGUUUUACUCAAUCAGUAUAGAAGACUUUUGGUGAAUGUCAUUUCAAAUGAUGUUGUGGAAUCACGAAGAGCUUACACCGUUAAUGAUCUUGACAAGCAAUUGAUUUUUUUUAACGAUACUUUGCCAACAACAGUAUUGACUCCUAAAAAUGCCGAUAAUUAUUGUGAUCAAGUAUUGAAACCAACUAAUGGACUUGAUCUAUUCAAUAAUUUGUCACUUACAACGAAUUUUAGAUACAUACUCGAUAGUGAUUCCGAUCGUUUUUCGUUAAAAAAAAUUAGGAAAUACGUACGAUGUGGAUUAUCACCAGUCUUUAAUGCCACUUCAUAUAAUGUUCAAAAUCAAACUUUCACUAAUUCUUCAAAUUCGAAUUCGCUGGAUGUUGAAGAAGUUUAUCAAUCUUAUGCUCCAUAUUUUUUCUGGUCUUGGGGUCCAGGUGAACCAAUGACCGUCGACAAUUCCACGACCAAUAAUACCGAUAAUGAUGGUCAAAGAGAAAAUGUUGCAUAUAAAUGUGUGAUGUUGAGGAAUGAUGGUUGGCAUGUAGGAGAUUGUUACGAAAGGUACGAAAUAGCAUGUCAAAAUAAAUCAUCACCAAAUGAUUGGCUCAUUCCAUCAGGAGUUAAAAAAACAUAUUUUGACAUCAGAGCAGAGGACUGCCCUGAUGGGUAUAAUUUCAGCUUACCUAGACUGAACAUUGAAAUGCUUUCACUAUUAACUUCAAUAGGACAACAAAAUAGUACAUUCCCGAUUUGGAUCGAUCUAAAUGAUAUUACCAUUUCAACGUGUUUUGUUUCAGGAGGUCCUUAUGCUCAAUGUCCUUAUCAAAGAACUGUUACAAGUCAAAAAUUUGCUAGAAUGAUAGCUCCAGCUUCUGUCAUUUGUAUUAUUGUAUUGAUUUUAAUUUUAAUGGAGAAGAUAUUUAGAACUAAUCAUAUACAAGCGAAUAGAAAGCGGUAUUGGAAGAAGAAAUUGACUGAGUACUAUUCUAAAAACGAUUAUGAAGGAGUGCCAUCAUAA